AUGUCGCGUCAAACGCGCUCAGCAGCGAAGAGACUCACGCGUCUCCAAGCCUCAACCACACCAUCAGUCACCCCGGUCGCUUCAAUCACCCCGACUGCAACUGCUCCACCUGCUCCCACGCAGCCCUCAUCCCUUGAAACACGGCUCUUCACCACACCCUCAGAAUGGCAAACCUACCUAACCUCAUCCCCAACCCCCUCAGGCCUCUGGCUCAAAAUCGCAAAGAAAUCGUCCCCAACCCCCUCAAUAACAUACGACCAAGCCCUCGACGUAGCCCUCUGCCACGGCUGGAUCGACGGCCAACGCAAAACCCUUGACGCAACACACUUCAUCCAGCGCUUCACACCGCGUCGCAAAGGAAGUCUCUGGUCUCAACGCAAUGUUCAAAAAGUCGCCGCACUUAUCGCAGAGGGAAAGAUGACGCCAGCUGGUUUGGCAGAGGUGGAUAAAGCGAAGGAGGAUGGGCGAUGGGAACGGGCUUAUUCGUCGAGUAGUAAUGCUGCUGUGCCAGAUGAUUUUCAAAAGGCGUUGGAUAGGAAUCAAGCUGCGGGGGAGUUCUUUGAUGGUUUGGGAAAGACGAAGAGGUAUGCUUUUAUUCAACGGCUGGAAACGGCAAAAAGACCUGAGACGAGAAGUAAGAGGAUCGAUCAAUUCAUUGAUCUUCUAGCCAGUGGAAAAAAUUUGUAG